CAACUGAAUUAACUGGGAGGGCCGAGUUGAGAUAUGGUUCUCUACCUCAUGAAAAUGUUUGUACCGAGAACUUGACACCUUGGAUUAAACUUCUUCCAUGCAAAUCUACAUCUGGUAUAGCAUCACUUUUGAAUGGACACAAGUUGUAUGAUUCGAAUUUUCAUUCAAUGUCAAUUCACGUUCGGCCAUCAUGUGAGAAACCUGAUUGUACAGACCAACAAUUAGAAAUUAUUCAAACCGUAUCAACUGUUAUAGACCCAGUUCGUAAUUCAGGAAAAAGAG